GUCAGUAUGCCGAGUUAGUUGGGGAGAUAGGGUGAGGGUUUGGGCCCGUGGGUCAGAGCGAUGAGCAGGUCGCCGUGAAUUCAACACGUCCCUAUCGCGGCGACCAGCCAGGGUUAACACAAUGUCGGGGCUGCCUGGCUUUAGCCUGCAACCCUGCGCUGGCUCGACCGCAGCUGACAUGAACAUACACCAAAUCUAAACGGUCAUCUCUAGCGAUAUUAGCCGCACAUGUUUCAUUUCCCCAAGGUUGUUGGACUCGGCCUGUCCCUGCCCCAGGCUUGGGGUGUGACAGCCACCCAACUGUAUUACAUGUGGCCAAGCUGUGUGCAGUAUAACUGUUCAUGUCUAGCAAUAACGGUACCGUACUGUCACUGUCAACGGGCGAUCCUGGCGAGCACCGACUCCCUUCAGAAGAUGUUUGGCGAUUUCUGGAUACUGUCAGAAACAUUUGUCAAUACACAGACAAUGGCUAAUGUUUGUCGCACAUGUUGUGUCUUCACAAAUUGAUUUUCUACGCGAAAGUUGAGUAAUUUGUGAUCUUCGAACGCGGACAUUACGGCGCCUCGCGAUGGACACAUUGUCAGAUUUGUCAGUAGUUCUGAGUCUCUCCACCAGGUGGCGCUGCCCAAACACUUUCCAGGCUAGCAGACGACAAUCCACAGAAAGAGACACCGAGCGCUUAUGUUGUGGUUUAUGAUGAGUUUGAGAUAUAUAAUUUUGAUUUAGCUUUUAAAUGUAACGUAUGUUUUGUUUCCACGAUGACAACUUACUCAAAAUGCAUGGCAUGUGCGGGAACGUCAGUUUUGACGAUGCUGCCGCCGUUGUUGAAGUGGGAAUUACAAUCGUUCCGCCCUCCGCCACUGAUGACAGCUAGGCACGCAUUCUGCACUGCAAAUAAUCGUCUCCAGUUACCAUGACGACCACCAACCCGUCAAACACAUCAGAGUGGCAGCUAUACCGAGUUCUCCAGAGGGCUAAUUUGUUACAGUAUUACGAUGUCUUUAUAGCACAAGGUGGUGAUGAUGUGCAGCAGCUGUGUGAGGCGGGGGAAGAGGAGUUUCUGGAGAUUAUGGCACUGGUUGGGAUGGCCAGUAAACCUUUACAUGUCAGACGCCUACAGAAGAGUCUCCAGGAAUGGGUGACAAAUCCAGCGGGGUUUCAGGGUCCUAUGGUCCCCAUGGGUGGAUCCAGCAGCCCAGCCCCUGGAAGUAUUAGUGCCACAGUUCGGGAUCAAGCCUUAACUUACCCUGUACAUUCCUCAUCCGUAGUCACCGCACCCACUUGGACCCCACAGAUGCCCCCAGCUUCUGUCAGCCCAACCAACUCCAACGGCUCCUCUGGGGCCUCUCCAAAAUCAGAUCUAAAAGACGACACGGCGAUGAUAGGAAUGCUGUACCAGUCGGCCAGUCAGGAUGGAAUGCCCAUCACCCCUAAACAGUCCACCUCGCCUGUUCCCACCCCUGUCUUAGUAGAGAGCCAGAUACAGGCCAUUGCCGAUGCUGCAGAAAGACUUGCCAAAGACCUGCCAUCAUUUGAACCUAAAGGACUCAAUCUUAAAAAAUCAAUUAACAGGGAAAUUCAGGCAGUGGUGAACAUGACUGAAGAUGAUCCGUGUAGAAUGGAUGAACUAAGAAAAUAUGCUGCAAUAUACGGGCGCUUCGACUCCAAACGUAAAAACGACAAGCCAAUGUCAUUACAUGAGAUUUCUGUCAAUGAAGCCUCUGCUCAACUCUGCAAACAUAUUCCAGCUUUAUUAACAAGAAGAGAAGAUUUAUUCCCCUUAGCUCGUCAAGUGGUCCGAGAUAGUGGCUAUCAGUAUUCCAAGGGCCAUUCGAGGUUAGUUUAUAUGGGGUCGAAUGAGCCACCUUCUAUCAAGAAGAUGAAAAUGGACCCAGUAUUCCUGCGCUUAUAUGACAAUAGCCAAAAAACUGUGAAAGCUGAACUGGACAAAAUACACAGAGAGGAAAGAAUGACUGUGAUACACUCGGAAUUGGCCCAGAUUAGCACAGCACAGGAAGAUCUCAAGUCACGGAUACAGUUAGCCAAAGAUUCCCAGGAUUAUACUUUAGUGCACAAUGUACAGGCCCAGUUAGAAACUUUGAUGUCUAGACAGGUUCAGUUGUUAAGUGAGCAGAAUGAUCUGGUGGUUAAACAGCAGAAGUAUGAAAAAUAUAUACAAAUGAUUUCAAAAGGUGCUGUAGGAAAUAUUUAUGGCGAUGAUGAUUAUGCUGAUUCCUCCAAUCUCCCAAGUGGUGCAUCCUCUCCUCAAAACAGCUUACAUGAUGGGGACGACUUUGAUGGUGCCAAAGCAGAGGUUUACACUCUGACGCCAAGGCGAAAUGCUCAGAAAACUAAACAGCUGGUGAAGGAGACACUGUUUGAUGAAGGAUUGCGUAUCGCACAGCAAUAUGGUAUGGCUGACUUCGCAGAGGAAAUCAUCGGUCUGAAGCAGCACACUGUGGGGGAUGAGGAUGAGGAGGUUAGUCCAGCCAGCAGGGCACAUGCUAGUCGGGGGGCGCGCAUGGAAAACAGUCAGCUGGGCAUACGGGUCGAGGCAGCUAACAAACCCUGGCCCAAUGGGAGUAGUGGAAGUAAGGACAGAGAUGCAGAGGUUGAGGAGACAUCCAAGGCUGAUGUGUCUAAACUAGAGAGCCAAGGCAACGGCAGUGUCAAUGGGGAGAAGGAAGGGACCAGCUCUGUAAGUUCUUCAAGUAGCCAUGAUGGUGCUGAUGAUCCUCCACCUCAAGAGGAGGCAUCUGAGGAGGAGGAGGAAGAAGAAGCUGAGGUGUUGGAAAUGGUUGUGAGUGAUGAACAGACAAACAAGCAGACAGACAGACACUCUGAAAACAAACUACCGCCAGGCUCAAAUGGCCUGGCCCAUAGAGAGACAAGCACACUGCCCAGUGGCAGUACAAGUAAAGCCUGUUCAAAUGUUGCGCGAGGACAGUCGUCCUUCAUUUCCAGUGACAGCUCAUUGACAUACAGAAACAUUGAUGGACUAUCCCCAUGUGGGCCGCAGGACUUCAAACAGACUCAAGUCACAUACUCCCAGUGAUUUUCUGUCAAUGUGUUUGCCUUUCAUAGGCACCGGUAGUGCUGCUGUGGAAACUUUCCUCACAUUCACAAUAUUGAUGAUAAUAACAACAUAAGUGCUUGAGUGUCCAGAGUGCCAUUUGUGUGGUUGGUGUAGUGAUCAGCGGGUUGAUCAAAUCUCCUGUCAAAUUUGGACUGAGAAUCGUGUAACGAAUUGAUUCUUCCCCCAUGAUUGCCCAAACUGAGCUUCCGGUAUCAUGGCUUGGUGGUGUGAUUGUCAAACAGUCCCCCCAGCCUCUCAACUCUCCAUCCGAAGCUACUCGCCAUUUGAACAAAAGGAAACAUUUAUCAGUCAUAAUUAUUAAUCGGGUCAUGUUUUAUUCGGUAUGGGACUCUUGUGAAAGAUCAAAGAGACAAAUCAUAGCUUAUCACAGACCAUGGAUCAUCUGCAACUUCAUCAAGAUGCUCAUCUUUAAUCAUGUGCCUAUUAGCACGGUAAUUAAAAGAACCAUGUCUAGCAUUCCUCACAAUCACCAAAAUUUGUAAAGGUGUGUUUGUGUUUCAUGAUUUCUCAUUGUGUGCAUGUCAAAUUUUCCAGAACUUUUAUCCUGGCAAACUGUGAACUUCAUCAUUGGUUUUGAGAACUGUCAUUUCAUGAGAGUUUAUUUUUGUUCAUCUGUGUUAUAAAGACUGAUUACACUGUUGAUGUUGAAGUACAGAGCCUGAUACAUUCCUUUUACAUGUUACUGUGUGUGCUAUAAGUACAAUUUUAUGAUUAAAAACUUAACUUAUUUUCUAUUGAUACUUUGAAGGCGUCUGCAUCUUCAGCUUCCAAUUUAAACCAUGUAAUGGGUAGCUAUUUUGUGCACAUUACCAAAAUUCUGAUCUAGUAUGUUUAUAUCUUUACUUGACAUGAGCCUGUUUUCCACUAUGUGAUUAGUGUUAAACCUCCGCAUCAAUAUCAGGUCGUGUGUGGGUAGAGUCCUGAUGUGUACACAUACCCUAAAGAGUUAAUGUGGUUCAGCUGUGGUGGGUAAUCUGUCAACAAUCAACCUGUACGAUCCUGUCCUGGAAGUCUGUAUGUUUUUGUGUACAGUUCGAGCACUUGGAACAAAUUUGUACAUUGUGGUGGAUAUUCGGUCAUGUCAGACUUUGUAACAUCAAAUUGUGUAGUGUGAUAAACAGAUGGGACAAGUAAUCAGAAUACAUGGUCAUUCUACCAAAAGCUGUCCGAGGAUAACACAUUUGACAUGUUCUUGAUCGGUUGAUAGUUAUGUAUACCUUGUUAAGACGAUACAGUUUUACAAGUGAGUUUUGCGCCAUGUACGAAUAUUUGGUGCAGUGCAGGUUGUGUUCAAGUAAUUAUAUGAUCAGCUGUUCAGAUGUGACUACAUGUAUGUAUCUAAAGUCUCAUUUUUCUUUGUACUUUUUUGGCACUUAUUAUUUCUCACUGAUUUUUCGCACAAUUGCCACUGUAUUGUGGAAACUGAUUUCUGUACAUUGGGUGUAAAAAGGCAUGGCCAUGACUUUGAUCUCUCUCAUCUGAAGGCACUUAAAGUGUCUGUCAGCUCUAUUUAUUUGGUCCAUGCUCAUGAUGUAGUUACCUGAGAUUCCAUGUGUCAUGUUUGCUGGAUCCAGAUCACUUGUGAUAUUUUUGCCUUCAAAGUUUCAGUGUCGUUUUUCUAAGCCAUCUACUCUUUCGUGUUAGCAAGAUAUCAUGCCAGAUCUUGUCUUUGUAGUGGCACUGCCAGGGUUACAUUUUGUCAGACAUCAGCAGGAUGGUUCCUGAAGGGAUACUGUACACGGCAGUUCUAUAAUAACCUUGCCAGAACCUGACAUGUGUUGCCAUGAAGUGUCAGUUUUGUGGGUAGCACUAUAAUAAUGUUAGCUGAAUCUGACCUAUGCUGCCUGAGAAGGCCUCAUAUCUGAGAAGCAUUAUCAAAGUGGUACCCAAAUCCAACCUGUUUUGUUGUUGAAACCCCCUUAAGACUGUGUCACAAGGUUUGCAGGUAACUGCCAUGGAAGUGCCAUGGAAACCUGGAGAGUAGGUCUGGAAGCAUAGCUGUUAGUGUUAGGGCUUGUCAUAAUAUCAGUCAUGCAUUGCCUGCAGGUGUAUUCCACGAAGCUCAAAGUUGCUAGAGUUGCUAUAAUAGCAUUUGCUGUCCAGAUCCUGGUUUCUUAUUUGCCUUCUAGCACCUCGAAUUGUUACCUCUGUGAUCACCCGUGCAUAACCUGUUGUAAAGAACACUCUGAAUCAUCUUGUUGGUUUCUUUAAUUUUGUUUUUUGCCUAUGUGCUAUCUUGCCCAGGCUGUUGUCUCAUGUCUUAUAUUCAGUAAGUUCAUAUUGCUGGCUAUGUAAUCAGGGUCACUGUAUUCCGAUGUACAUUGUAUGUAAGCCAGGAAAGAGUAGUUAAGCUUUAUACCUGUGGUGUUUGUCUGUUCAGGUGUGUGUUAAGUGAAUUGUCACAAGUGUGUGCUGUGUUAAUUACAGACCUAUGUUUUGUGUUACAGGUGAAACGUUAAACAGGUCACUUCCAUGGGUAAACAUUGCCAGAUACCUGUACAUUGAAACACAGGAAUAUAUGAUAUAUAUGUGUACAUGUAUAUAUGGGCGUACAAGUGUGCAAUGUAUAUAGAGAUGAAAAGUCCAUGGAGAUUGUUAAGUAUUAAUUAAAGGUCAGGUCAUUUUUAUAUAACCAGGUGGUGCACACCUCUUAGUCGUACAUUUCUGUUCAGGAGGCCUGUGUCAUGCUUUAACUUGAUGAUAAUCUAGAGAGUUUCCAGUCAGCGCGGGGUCAUUCACUGUGUACUUGUGCAUUUAUAUUCACUGGCUGCAGAGUUCGGAUAUAUAAAUAUAUAUAUGUAUUAAGUAUAUAUACGUAUGUUGUCGUUGAUGAAGGGAUCUUUGUUAAGGAUGUUGCAUAUUUCACUUAAUGUGCAUUGUCAUUAUUUAAUACAAGAAAAAAGUAAAAUGUCA